CCUCUUCAACGCUUCGACCCUCCUCACUCGCCAUCUGAAACACUCCUCGUAUCGGAGUUAGGCAGCCAUCCACUUCCCCUCCCAUCACCAACUCACCUCAAACGCAAUGGCCGUCAAGAAUCGCCUCAUUCAACUCCUCGUCGCUUCGGCGAUCGCGUCAUCCGCCGUGGCUGUUCCGGUCGCCGAGCAGCAGCCUCAUGUGGAUGUGAUCUCCAGCAACUCCGCUUUCCACGAUUAUCUCACCAACGUCGAUGAGCAUUCGAUCCACAAGUUUAUGGAGCUGCUCGGUCAGUACCGCAGUGAGCAUGCCGCGCACAGCACUUCUCCCAUCAUAAAGAUGGGCAAGCGUGAUGGUGGAUCCUCGGCCGUCGAGCAACCCAAGCCUACCACCGAGGCGGCGCCUGAACCUCAGACCACCGCUGCGGCUGCCACUACCACUGAAGCGCCUGCCACUCAGCAGACGACCGAAGCUCCCAAGACUACCCAGGCUGCCCCGGAGACUUCCAGCUCGAAAUCGGAGGAAGCGCCCUCGACCACUCAGGCGCCGCCCACCACGGCCGACAAGCCUUCCACCACCGAGAAGCCCCCCACCACUGAAAAGGCUCCCACCACUGAAAAGGCUCCCACCACCAGCGAGACUCACGCCGAACCUACCACCACCAAGGCCCAGCCUACCACCCACACCACCGAAGCCCCUAAGACUACUCACACCACCGAGGCUCCUAAGACCACCCACACCGAGCCCAGCACUACCUCCGAGAAGGAGAAGACCACGCAAGCUCCCACGACCGUCCAGACCACCACCUCCGAGAAAGACCACACCACCUCCGAGAAGGACCACACCACCACGGAGCCGGAGAACACCCACACUACUCCCUACACCUCGACCUACAAGAGCACCACCACUCUGCCCAACGGCGAGCAGAGCACUGUCACCGCCGUGACGGUCGUGCAUCCCACGCGCACCAACCACGCCGCCGCCACGGGCAGCGGAACCGGACCAGCGCCUGGUCUUCAGACCGACUCCGCGGCUUCCACCAACGGUCUGGGUCGCGAGCUGUUCGUCAUGAUGGGCGGAGCCGCCAUGGUCGCUAUGGCUCUAUAGGCGGCCAUCCACCAGAUCUGUCUCCUGGUGUUUAAAACUGAUUUCUUAGCAUACAUAUGGCGUUUUCCCUUCCUUUCUCUCCAAUGACUUCAUGUAUCCUAUAUCUUCGCAUCAUGUUACAUACACUUACGAUCCUUAUGCAUCGCUGCGGCGUCCGACGAUUGUCUUGUCACUCCUUAUGCGCGUCGAUCUCCCUGCGGGUUGAGUUCAGUUGGAGUUGGGUAUUU